UACUGACCAUCCAUCUCUUGCACAGGAAAAAUGAUAAAUUGUCGACUAUUGGUGGUGCUGGCGACGCUACUUGUUGCCCCACUGGCAAAUGGAUUAUAUUUUCACAUCGGCGAAACGGAACGCAAAUGCUUUAUCGAAGAAAUUCCGGACGAAACAACCGUAGUAGCCAACUACAAGGUAGAACUGUUUGAUCCCCGAUCCGGAGGUUUUAUGCCAUCUUCACCCGGCAUCGGAAUGCACGUCGAAAUAAAGGAUCCCGACGAUAAGACGAUUCUUUCCCGUGUAUACAGCUCUGAAGGUCGUAUUUCUUUCACCUCCCACAUACCGGGUGAACACGUACUGUGUAUGUAUUCUAACAGUACCGCAUGGUUCAGUGGAUCGCAGCUCCGGGUGCAUCUGGACAUUCAAGUCGGUGAACACACGAUCGAUUAUGCCAAUGUUGCACAAAAGGAAAAAUUAACUGAACUGCAGCUACGCAUCCGUCAGCUUUUGGACCAGGUGGAUCAAAUUACCAAGGAACAGAACUAUCAGAGAUACCGUGAAGAACGCUUCCGGCAAACGAGCGACAGCACCAAUCAACGCGUCCUAUGGUGGUCCCUUGCCCAAACGCUGGUACUACUAAUCAUGGGAUUCUGGCAGAUGAGGCAUCUGAAGAGCUUCUUCGAAGCGAAAAAAUUAGUCUAAGCUUAGCGAAUCGCACACGGCG